AUGUUCGGGAGCUGCUAUUUGGCCAGGUACAGAGGAAUAAAGGUAGCUGUUAAAGAAUACCACUGCCAUCCAAACACGGAUGAAAGCCACGUAAAGAAAGAGGUUCUCCACGAGGCGUCUGUGUUGUCUCGUCUUGGACACCAUCGUGGACUACCGCUUUUGUUAGGAAUUGGGACGCAAAUUAAGCCCUAUCGCCUUAUUAUCCAGUUUCACAGUGAAGCGAAAAAAAGUCUGACGCUCUUAAAAGCGAUUAAAAAGCUGUCCAUGGCAAAUGAAGAAUGGUUAAGUGUCAUGAAAAAAGUUACUGUCGCCGUUUCUCGAGUGCACGAAGUGGGAUUUCUUCACAACGACAUUAAAGUGAACAAUGUUGUGUUGGCGAAACGAGGGGAAGGCUACAAUCCAGUAUUAGUGGAUUUCGGCAAAGCACGAACAAUUGACAGCCCAAAAUCACGGAAAAUCCUUCCGCUGCCGGAACAAAGAGCCCAUCUAAAGAAGUACCCAUAUUUUGCUCCAGAGAUUCCGCGAGGCCAGGGUACGCAAAGCAUAGCAAGUGACAUAUAUUCACUUGGAUAUAUGUUUAUCCACGUUAAAGAAGUCAUGAAACCAACAAGUUGUCGAGAAAUCCACUUGCUGACUUUUAAUCUUAAAAUGGCUGUGCACGACAUUCCGUCUCGUCGCCCUUCAAUUAGAAGCAUUCUCUCGGUUUUAUAG